AUGGACCAAAGGUUGGAAAAGCUCGAAGGGUUCCAAAAAGAAAUGCAAGAUCAGCUUCAACAGCAAAUGAAGGAACAACUCGAGAAGAUUCAACAAAGUUUGAUGGAUAAAAUGGAGGAAUCACAAGGAAGUAUGAUAACAAAGUUAACGCGAUUGUUAACCGAAGGGAAAGAUAAGGGAAAGAACCCUGUAACAAGUAUUGAAGAGGAAGAUGAGGAUGGACUCCACUAUCCUCCAGGCUUCACUCCUUUACAUGUGCAGCACCAAGCGGAAGGGUACCCGCGUAAAUCUUCUGUUACGAUUAGGCCUCAGCAAGUUCAAGCCGAUGCUUCAAGGUCGAUGAAUUUUCAAAUCGAAUCAGGCUCAAGUCCUGAGAAUAAUACUGCCAAUCCUAUUGUUCCUGAUUUCGAUGAAGCAGUUGAAAGAGAGAAAACAAAAGAAGAAUUACCAAAGCAAUUUGAAGAAAGAUGGAAGUGGAUUGAGGAGAAAUUCAAAGCGAUGGAGACUACUGAAGGAUGUCAUGGGAUGGAUGCUAAGGAUUUAAGUUUGGUGCCAGAUUUGGUGCUUCCGUACAAGUUUAAAAUGCCGAAUUUUGAGAAGUAUAAUGGGACCACUUGCCCUGAAGCCCACAUUACUAUGUUUUGUAGGCGAAUGACUGGGCAUGUCAAUAACGACCAGUUAUUGAUACAUUGUUUUCAGGAUAGCCUCACAGGGGCUGCGUCAAAAUGGUAUAAUCAUUUAAGCCGUGCUAAGAUUAGCUCUUGGAGGGAUUUAGCACAGGCUUUUAUGAAGCAGUACGGUCAUGUGGCAGAAAUGAUUCCUGAUAGGAUUACCUUACAGAACAUGGAGAAAAAGUCGAAUGAAGGUUUUAGACAAUAUGCUCAGAGGUGGAGAGAGGUGGCAGUGCAGGUCCAGCCACCGCUUCUUGAAAGAGAAAUGACUAUGCUUUUUGUAAACACGCUAAAGGCCCCUUUUAUCACACACAUGCUAGGCAGUGCCACGAAAAAUUUUGCUGAUAUAGUCAUGAGUGGUGAGAUGAUUGAAAGUGCUAUAAAGAGCGGGAAGAUUGAUGUUGGAGAUAACCCGAGGAAGGUGGUGACAGGUCAACAGGGUUCAUCAAAACAGGAAUCUGGUACAAGGCCAAGUAAUGAGAGGCCUCAGUUUACACCCAUUCCUAUGUCGUACAAAGAGUUGUAUCAGAAUUUAUUUAACGCGCACGUUGUUGCCCCAUUUUAUUUGACCCCCUUACAGCCUCCAUAUCCUAAAUGGUAUGACGCAAAUGCACAAUGCGAUUACCAUGCAGGAGUUACGGGGCACUCCAUAGAGCAUUGUACUGCUUUUAAAAAGUUUGUUGAGAAGUUACUUCAGAUGGGCGUUGUCAAGAUAGAUGAUUCAUCAGGUACGGAAAAUCCAUUACCCAAACAUAAUGAUGCAGGGGUAAACAUGGUAGGUGAAGGUACAGGGAAGAAGGUCAAGAAGAAUAUUGCUGAGGUAAAGAUCCCUUUGAGGAGGGUUUGGAAGGAAAUGGUAGGAAGAAGAUUGAUUGUUUCAGAUUUAGUGGAGGGUGGCAAGACCCAAAAUUAUUGUGAGUUCCAUCAGGAGGUGGGACAUGAAAUUCAAAAAUGUGAGAAGUUCAGAGCUCUGAUCCAGAGCAUGAUGGAUAUUGGAGAAAUAGAGUUUUUUGAAGAGGAAGAAAGAAAAGAAAAUAUAUACGCAUCGGAGUCAGAGACGAGGAUUCCGAAGAUAAUCAUCUCGCGCCCAAGAGUUACUGAAGUUAAGGCACAAAUGACACCAAAGAUUGUUAUUCAAAAGCCGGUGAAGUUUCUAUAUAAGGAUAACAAGAAGGUCCCUUGGAAUUAUGAAUGCGAGUAUUAUGGUCGGAUAGAUGAUCAGACAGAAUCGGUGGAGGAAAAAGUUAUUGCAGCUGAGCAAAAGAAAGAGAAGAAGGCUGAAUUAAGGCCAUUGAUUAAUGAGCCAAUAAAGGAGGAAGAAGCCACUGAAUUCUUGAAAUUUCUGAAACACAGUGAGUAUAGCAUGGUAAAGCAGCUACAUAAGCAGCCAACUCAUAUAUCUGUGUUGUCUUUGCUCAUGAAUUCAGAGUUACAUCGAAAUACGUUGAUGAAGGCUUUAAAUGAAGCGUACGUGGCAAGUGAUAUUUCUGUCAACCAAUUGGGUCGGUUGGUGAACAAUAUAAGCGCUGAUAAUUUUAUCUUCUUUAACGACGACAAAAUACCAUCUGGAGGUAUGGGGUCCACGAAAGCUCUGCACAUUACUGCUCGGUGUAAAGGAAGUUUGGUUUCGGGAGUUUUAAUCGAUAAUGGGUCUGCAUUGAAUGUACUGCCCUUAUCUACUAUCAAUAGGCUACCUGUAGAUAGCUCACAUAUGAAAGCAUGUCAAAACGUGGUAAGGGCGUUCGAUGGAACGGAAAGAAAGGUUUUGGGGAGAAUUGAGAUACCGUUGCUGAUUGGCCCGAAUACUUAUGAAGUAGAUUUCAUUGUAAUGGAUAUCAAGCCUUCAUAUAAUUGUUUAUUGGGCAGACCUUGGAUACAUUCGGCAGGGGCCGUACCCUCAACGCUGCAUCAGAAGUUAAAAUUGGUGACAGAAGGACGGUUAGUGACAAUAAAUGCCGAGGAAAGUAUUAUUGCGUCAGUGACCAGCAAUGCACCAUAUGUGGAGACGGACGAAGAGGUGGUGGAAUGUUCUUUCCAGACUUUAGAGUUUAUUAAUACAACAUUUAUUGCUGAGGGGAAUAGAAUUCCAGUACCAAAGAUAUCCAAGACUACAAGAAUGGGCCUUCAAUUAAUGGUGGGAAGAGGAGCUGUACCCGGAAAAGGUUUGGGAAGAGAUUUGCAAGGAAGAGUUGAAGCACCAGUGAUGAAAGAAAAGUUUGAUCGCUUUGGUCUGGGUUAUAGACCAAAUGUAAAACAAAGAAGAAGGGAAAUAGAGAGAAGACAUGAGAGAAGAAAGGCACGCCUGAGUGGAAUUGAAGUUAGUUGGGAGCCUAUGGUUUUUCCUCAUAUAUCCAAGACCUUCGUGUCAGGAGGGUUUAUUCAUACGGAACAAAGAGUGCUUGAGGUGGAAGGUGUUGAAGAAAUAUUAGGAGAUGUUCACAUCAAUGCCCUAGACACGAUUGGAAGAGAGACUUGGCUAGAGAUUCGCCCUUACGAGCCUGGAAAUGAUCUAGACAAUUGGACUGCGGAAGAGAUUCCUGUAGUUUUUAGAGCUUGUUCAGAGUCCCCAGAUAUCAAUGAUAUGAAUGAAGCUGCUUCAGACUCAGAAUCACCUCUCGAACGAGAUAGGUGUUUAGAAGGAUCACAGAGUUUUGAAGAUGACGUAGACUGUGAUGUAUCUCCGGACUUAUUGAGAAUAGUAGAAGAGGAGGAUAAACAAAUCUUACCUCAUAAAGAAUCAUUGGAGAUUGUGAGUCUAGAGGAGGGAAAGGAGGUAAAGAUUGGAACUGACAUUUCUGCCAAAACAAGGCAAGACCUCAUUGAGUUACUCUGAGAAUUCAAAGAUGUCUUUGCAUGGUCGUAUCAAGAUAUGCCUGGGUUGAGCACUGAUAUUGUGGUGCACCGUCUUCCCAUAAAAGAGGAUUGCAAGCCGGUUCAGCAGAAACUCAGAAGAAUGAGGCCUGACAUUGUGCUAAAGAUAAAAGAGGAAGUCAAGAAACAGUUUGACGCUGGUUUCUUGCAAGAAGUUAAGUAUUCAGAAUGGGUAGCUAAUGUUGUCCCUGUCCCUAAGAAAGACGGGAAGGUGCGAAUGUGUGUGGAUUACAGAGACUUGAACAAAGCUAGUCCAAAAGAUAAUUUUCCGUUGCCUCACAUUGAUACUUUGGUAGAUAAUACUGCAGGCUAUUCAUUGUUUUCUUUCAUGGACGAUUUUUCUGGAUAUAAUCAAAUAAAGAUGCACCCAGAAGAUAUGAUAAAGACCACAUUUAUCACUUUAUGGGGAACGUUCUGUUAUAAAGUGAUGCCCUUUGGAUUAAAGAAUGCGGGAGCAACUUAUCAAAGAGCUAUGGUAACUUUAUUUCAUGACAUGAUGCACAAGGAGAUUGAGGUUUAUGUUGACGAUAUGAUUGCAAAAUCUAGAACAGAAGAGGAGCAUGUUCAAGUCUUGCGAAAAUUAUUUGAGAUUAAGAAAUUUCCACUCAAGCUUAAUCCAACAAAGUGCACUUUUGGAGCUAGAUCGGGGAAGUUGUUGGGCUUCAUAGUCAGUGGGAAAGGAAUUGAAGUUGAUCCAGACAAAGUCAGGGCAAUACGUGAUUUGCCUCCACCACACACACAGAAGGAAGUACGGGGUUUUCUGGGAAGAUUGAACUACAUUUCUCGGUUUAUCUCACAACUGACUGAGAAAUGUGAUCCCCUAUUCCGUCUCCUAAAAAAGCAUAAUCCUGGUGUAUGGGAUGAAGAUUGCCAGAAGGCUUUUGGCAAAAUAAAACAAUAUUUGUCUAAUCCUCCAGUGUUAUCACCACCUAAUCCGGAUAGGCCAUUAAUACUGUAUCUAACAGUAUUUGACAAAUCCAUGGGGUGCGUGUUGGGCCAACGUGAUGAGACAGGGAGAAAGGAAAGGGCAAUAUACUAUCUCAGUAAGAAAUUCACCGAUUGUGAAGCGAGAUAUUCAGCUAUUGAGAAGUUGUGUUGUGCUUUGGUUUGGACAACUCGAAGAUUACGACAAUAUAUGUUGUAUCACACGACAUUGCUAAUUUCAAAGUUAGACCCCUUAAAGUAUAUGAUGGAGUCGACUGCUUUGAAUGGGAGGAUGGCUAGAUGGCAGAUCUUGCUUUCUGAAUUUGACAUAGUGUAUGUGAGUCAGAAGGCUGUGAAAGGGAGCGCAAAAGCUGACUUUUUAGCUAGCAGAGCCUUGGUGGAUUAUGAGCCUUUGAACUUUGAUUUCCCAAAUGAGGAUUUAAUGUACGUGGCAACCACUGAAGAAAAUUCCCAAAUGGAUCAGGUGUGGAAGUUAAAUUUUGAUGGAGCCUCAAAUGCUGUGGGUAAUAGAAUUGGGGCAGUCCUAAUAUCUCCAAGUGGAGAUCAUUAUCCUUUCGCUAGCAAACUGGAUUUUGAUUGCACAAAUAAUAUGGCAGAGUAUGAAGCAUGCAUUAUGGGUGUUCGUGCAGCCAAUGAGCGUAAAAUCAAAGUGUUAGAAGUGUAUGGGGAUUCUGUACUGGUGAUAUAUCAACUCAAAGGAGAAUGGGAGACAAGGGACUCUAAACUGAUCAGUUAUCGAAAGAUGGUUCUUGAAUUGAUGGAUGAGUUUGAUGACGUUACUUUUUAUUAUCUUCCACGAGAUGAGAAUCAAAUGGCUGAUGCGUUGGCUACCUUAGCCUCCCUAAUCCGAGUGAAUAGGUUAGAGGAUAUGAAGCCUAUUCAGAUAAGUAUUUCUGAGGCCCCGGCUCAUUGUUAUAAUGUUGAGGAGGAGGAAAAGGAUGAUCAUCCCUGGUAUUUGAAUAUAUUGCGAUAUAUAAAGAAUCGUGAGUAUCCAGAUCAUGCAACGGAGAAUGAUAAAAGAGCACUGAUAAGAUUGGCUAUUGACUAUGUUCUAGAUGGGGAAAUCCUGUACAAAAAAAGGAAGGAUCAAGUACUGCUAAGAUGUGUAGACGCAGUAGAAGCUAGAAAAAUUCUAGAAGAAGUCCAUGAAGGUAUUUGUGGAACACAUGCAAAUGGAUUCACAAUGGCCAGGCAGAUCAUGAGAUUUGGGUAUUAUUGGUCUACUUUGGAAAGAGAUUGCAUCAGCUAUGCUAAGAAGUGCCAUAAAUGCCAAAUUUAUGGUGAUAAAAUACAUGCACCUCCUUCACUUCUUCAUGCUGCUUCAUAUGCAAAUAUCACGAAGUCAGCUGUUAGCAAAUUCUUGAAAAAGGAAAUCAUAUGUCGAUACGGAAUGCCUGAGAGGAUCAUAUCUGAUAAUGCGCUGAAUUUAAACAAUAGUGCAAUAGCGGAGAUGACCGAGACUUACAGGGAUUGGAAUGAGAAAUUACCAUUUGCUCUCUUUGCUUAUAGAACAUCUGUCAGGACGUCGACUGGGGCAACACCUUUCUCUUUGGUUUAUGGCAUGGAAGCAGUUCUACCUAUUAAAAUAGAAAUUCCUUCUCUCCGAGUAUUAUCUGAGUUGAAAUUGGAUGAGGCAGAUUGGGUUCAAUCUCGUUACGAUCAAUUGAACUUAAUUGAAGGGAAAAGGCUAAAAGUCAUUCAAAGAUGGUCGAUGUAUCAAAAGCGGAUGAUGCGGGCCUACAACAAAAAAGUUCGUCCCAGAGAAUUUAAUGAGGGGGAGCUGUUGCGAUGGAGCGAUGAAGAAAUCAAUCCUAUCUCCCGGGUUACGGCGAGUGGAUUAACAUCCGAAUCUUAUCUUUCCGAGGUUACUGAGCGAUCGCAUCCGAUCUUAUCUCCCGAAGUUGCGAUAGAGCGGAUUAACAUCCAGAUCUUAUCUUUACGAGGUUGCGAGAGCGAUCGCAUCCGAUCUUAUUUCUCCGAAAUUACAGGAAACAGCGUAAGAAAUCAAUCCUAUCUCCCGGUUGCGAUGGAGCGGAUUAACAUCCAGAUCUUAUCUUUCCGAGGUUGCGAGAGCGAUCGCAUCCGAUCUUAUUUCUCCGGGUUACAGAGAACAGCGAAGAAAUUAAUCCUAUCUCACCGGGUUACAAUGAGUGGAUUAACAUCCGAUCUUAUCUUUCCGAGGUUGCGAGAGCGAUCGCAUCCGAUCUUAUUUCUCCGAAGUUGCGGGAAUCGGCGAAGAAAUCAAUCCUAUCUCCCCGGUUGCGGCGAGUGGAUUAACAUCCAGAUCUUAUCUUUCUGA